AUGCCCGAAGCCAUGUACUCUCUGGGCACUGCUAAAAAUGUUGAAUACGCCACGACCAAGUACCGAUACACGUACAGCUCCCUGACGACCCCCCUGCAAACGGUGGAGUAUGACUUUAUAUCGAACACGACGGCGAUUUUGAAGGAAACGCCGGUGCCGCACUACGAUCGAUCAUUGUACCAUUGCGAACGGGUCGAGGCUACGGCAAGCGACGGCACGGCCAUUCCCAUGAGUGUGAUCUACCGAAAGGAUAAGAAGAAAGCGGAGGGCCAACCACAAGCGCUGCAUUUGUAUGGGUAUGGGUCGUAUGAAUGGCCGACAGAACCAAACUUCCAAGCCACGAUUUUGCCCUUGUUGGACCGCGGCGUCGUGUAUGUGAUCGCGCAUAUCCGUGGCGGCGGUGAAAACGGACGCACGUGGUAUGAAGCGGCCAAGUAUCUGACCAAGAUGACAACAUUUACCGACUUUAUUGCGUGCGCCGAGCACUUGGUGGCCACCAAGGUGACGUCCCCCAGCCACAUGACGUGCGAAGGCGGCAGCGCUGGCGGGUUGCUUGUGGGGGCAGUGUUGAAUAUGCGCCCGGACUUGUUUACGGCGGUGGUGGCAGGAGUGCCGUUUGUGGACGUGAUGAACAGCAUGAGCGACGCCACGAUUCCGCUCACUACGAUCGAGUGGGCCGAGUGGGGCAACCCGAACGAACUCGAUUACUUCGCGUACAUGUUGCAAUAUUCACCCUACGACAAUGUGAAGGCCCAAGCGUACCCCAACUUGCUCGUGACCGGUGGCCUCUUCGAUCCCCGCGUGGCCUACUGGGAACCCACGAAAUGGGUGGCGAAGUUGCGUGACUUGAAGACCGACAACAACCAGGUUCUGCUCAAGAUGAAUCUGGACGCUGGGCACUUCAGUGCGAGCGAUCGAUACCAUGUCCUCAAGGAGAAGGCGGUGCGCCUUAGCUUCGUCUUGGACCAGCUCAAGUGCUUGGAAAAGUAG